AAAUCUCUUGGAUACCAACCGUUGAAAUCUACACCACUUGUUUCAAGCCCUCUUUCUCUCUCUCUCUCUCAAAAUCAAUACGAGUCACCAUUGGCAUCCAUGGCUUCAACCUCUUCUACCCUUUUGCUUCUGAACUCUCCUCUCUCACCCACUUCUUCACUUCAACUCCAAACAAGAACAAUUUCACAGACUCAAUCUUGGUUUCCAAUUCGAACCAGAUCCAGACUCAUCUGUCUAUCGACCACCAAUCCUCAAUCCGAUGUUCGAAAGGAAGAUAUAGUCGUCGUUGGGGCCGGAAUUGCCGGAUUGGCCACUGCAGUUUCACUACACAGGCUCGGAGUCCGGUCACUGGUGCUAGAGCAGUCGGAGUCACUUAGGUCCGGCGGAACGUCACUCACGCUGUUCAAGAAUGGGUGGAGGGUAUUGGAUGCAAUUGGAAUUGGCAAUCAUCUGAGGCCCCAAUUUCUUGAAAUUGAAGGGAUGGUGGUAAAAUCAGAAGAUGGAAGGGAUCUGCGCUCCUUUAGGUUCAAAGAUGAAGAUAAAAGCCAAGAGGUGCGCGCUGUGGAGAGGAGAAUACUUUUGGGAACACUUGCCGAUCAACUUCCACCGGAUUCCAUCCGUUUUUCUUCAAAGCUGUUGAAGAUUGAACGAACCGAAUCCGGUGAAACUUUGCUGGAACUAACAGAUGGGACACGUUUAUCUGCCAAGAUUGUAAUUGGUUGUGAUGGAAUCCGGUCUCCAGUGGCAAAGUGGAUGGGGUUCUCUGAGCCUAAGUAUGUAGGGCAUUGUGCUUUCCGUGGACUUGGAUUUUACCCGGAUGGACAGCCAUUCGGACCAAAAGUUGACUACAUCUAUGGAAGGGGUGUGCGUGCAGGAUUUGUUCCGGUUUCUCCAACAAAAGUUUAUUGGUUCAUCUGCUUCAACAGUUCAUCUCCAGGUCCAAAGAUCACUGAUCCAUCUGUGUUGAAGAAGCAAGCUGUGGAACUAGUACAAAAAUGGCCCUCAGAGCUACUAAACAUAAUCGAUACUACCCCAGAUGACACAAUCAUUAGAACUCCCCUUGUAGACCGGUGGCUGUGGCCAACCAUAAGCCCUCCGGCCUCAGCAGGCAGAGUUGUGCUGGUUGGUGAUGCGUGGCACCCAAUGACUCCCAACCUCGGCCAAGGUGCUUGUUGUGCAUUAGAGGACGCCGUGGUUCUGGCAAGAAAGCUUGCUAGUGCACUCAAUUCAGGACCUGCAACCGUGGAAGAUGCUCUCAGCUCUUAUGGAAGCGAAAGAUGGCCUCGCAUAUUUCCUUUAACCAUACGUGCAAACCUUGUUGGAACGCUUCUGCAAUGGGAUAAUCCAGUGGUGUGUUCUGUUCGGAACAAUGUUGUCAUACCCAAGCUAGUUCAGGUUGGACCUUUAUUGGAACAUACAAAUUUUGAUUGUGAGCCUCUAUAGUGUAUACUCAGGUUUUAGAUUACUGCAGGAUGACUAGAAAGUUCGUGCCAUCCUAAUUGCCAUUGGAACCCUUGUUUUUCUGCAUUUUGACAUACCUCUAUAAGUUUGCUUGGUUCUACAAAUACAAGUAUAUAUCUUUACAAUUAUAACAAUAGACAUUUCGUAUAUGAUUAAAUUAGGUCUGUCUGAGCUUUCUAUGUUGUAAUAAUACAGACCUUGCUUGUUGAGAGCAUGUCUUUUGCUGGAAUGAGCAACAAUACAAAUCA